AGGACAUAAACCCUAUUCUACUGUAUUACACUAAACCCAGCCGAUCUCUCGCAGCAAUAGCAAAAUGAGAUGGGAACCACAGGAAGAAGGUCUGCACCAGCUCAUACCGAUCCUUAAGAAGUCGCAGUCACCGGACACAGUCACUCAGAUGGCCGUACAAAUGAAACUGGAGGAAUUCAAUCUCUAUCUAGACUUCAACAACUAUCUAAUCUAUGUGCUGACUAAGCUGAAGACGGAGGACGAGCCCACGCGCUCGAUGAGCGGCCUGAUCCUCAAGAAAAAUGUGCUCGACCACUAUAGCAAUUUGCGGCCGGAGAUCGUGGAGUACAUCAAACACGAGUGCCUGCAGGCGGUGGGCGACUCCUCGCCGCUGAUCCGGGCUACAGUGGGCAUCCUGAUCACCACAAUUGCCAGUACUGGUGGCCUGCACAAUUGGCCACAUCUUCUACCCUCGCUCUGCGAAAUGCUCGAUGACCAGGACUACAAUGUGUGCGAGGGCGCCUUCAGUGCCCUGCAGAAGAUCUGUGAGGAUUCCGCCGAGAUCCUGGACUCCGCGGCGCUCAACAGCCCACUGAACGUGAUGAUUCCCAAGUUUCUGCAGUAUUUCAAGCACAGCAGUCCCAAGAUCCGCUCCCACGCCAUCGUCUCUAUCAACCAGUUCAUUAUAAACAGAUCACCGGCCCUGAUGCUAAACAUAGACAGCUUUAUUGAGAACCUCUUUCACCUGUCCUCAGAUGAAGAUCAAGAGGUGCGGAAGAACGUCUGCCGCGGAUUGGUCAUGCUGCUGGAAGUGCGCAUGGACCGCCUAAUGCCGCACAUGUCGCAGAUUAUUGAGUACAUGUUGUUGCGCACCCAGGACUCCGAUGAAAGCGUUGGCUUAGAGGCUACCGAGUUCUGGCUGUCGCUGGCGGAGCAGAGCAUCUGCAAAGAUGUGCUUGCUCCCUUUUUGUCCCAGUUAGCCCCACUUCUUGUGUGUGGUAUGCGUUACUCGGAGCUCGACAUGAUUUUUAGGAGCAACGUGGAGAAGGAUGACACGGUGCCGGAUCGAGAGGAGGACUUUCGUCCGCGUUUCCACAAAUCCCGGGCACACACGGUCAAAAGUACUAAAGAGGAUAACGACGACGAUUUUGAAUAUGGUUUGUGCGCCGAUAGCUCGGUUUUGCAAUGGAACAUACGUAAGUGCAGCGCUGCCGCCCUCGACUUGGUGGCCAAUGUUUUCCGUGAGGACUUCUUACCCGACGUGCUUCCCAUCAUAAAGGAAACACUAUUCCACCGGGAGUGGGUGAUCAAGGAGAGCGGUGUCCUGGCCCUGGGCGCCAUCGCUGAGGGCUGCUUUCAGGGAAUUAUUCAGCACUUACCGAAACUGAUUCCCUACCUCAUUAGUUGCCUGUCCGACCAAAAAGCCCUGGUGCGCUCCGUUACCUGUUGGACGCUCUCACGCUACGCCAAUUGGGUGGUCAACCAGCCACACGACCAGUACUUGAAGCCGCUAAUGGAGGAGCUGUUGAAGCGCAUUCUGGACUCCAAUAAGAGCGUUCAGGAGGCGGCAUGCUCUGCUUUUGCGAUUCUGGAGGAAGAAGCCUGCAUGGAACUAGUGCCUUAUUUGGAGUACAUACUAAAGACGCUCGUCUUUGCUUUCUCAAAGUAUCAGCACAGGAAUCUGCUUAUCCUGUACGAUGCCGUGGGCACUUUGGCCGAUUCCGUUGGUCACCACCUGAACAAGCCGCAGUAUAUUGACAUCCUGAUGCCGCCGCUCAUCGACAAGUGGAAUCUGCUUAAGGACGAUGACAAGGACCUAUUUCCGUUGCUGGAGUGCCUAUCGAGCAUCGCUACUGCUUUGCAGUCCGGAUUUCUGCCCUACUGCGACCCAGUCUAUCGGAGGUGCAUCUCGCUGAUUGAGCAGACCAUUAAUCAGGAAAUGUUGUGCAAACAAAACCAAACCUACGAUCAUCGCAUGAUUGUUGCCCUAGAUCUGUUGUCUGGACUGGCCGAGGGCUUGGAUCGCCACAUCGAGACGCUCGUGGCCAAUAGCAACAUCAUGCAUCUGCUUUAUCAAUGCAUGCAGGACAUAUUGCCGGAGGUGCGCCAAUCAUCGUUUGCUCUGCUGGGUGAUCUGACCAAAGCCUGCUUUCCCCAUGUGCAUCCUUUUAUGGCCGAGUUCUUUCCCAUCUUGGGUCAAAACCUAAACCCCGACUUUAUUUCAGUGUGCAACAAUGCAACCUGGGCCAUUGGGGAGAUUUGCAUGAAAUUAGGUGAGGAGACCAAACAGUACAUACGCCUUGUACUCAGCGACCUGUUCAUUAUUAUCAAUCGUCCGAACACGCCCAAGACGUUGUUGGAGAAUACAGCAAUAACAAUCGGUCGUCUAGGUUAUGUGUGCCCAGUUGAAGUGGCUCCUUAUUUGCCCGAAUUUGUACGACAGUGGUGCACAUCACUGCGUCACAUACGAGACAACGAUGAGAAGGACUCUGCCUUCCGUGGAAUGUGUCAUAUGAUCACGGUGAAUCCAGCUGGCGUAGUGCCUGAUUUCAUAUUCUUCUGCGAUGCCAUUGCUUCGUGGGUGAAUCCACCCCAGGAUCUGCAACAUAUGAUUCAAAAGCUUCUCAUUGGCUUGAAGACCCAAAUGGGUGAGGAAAACUGGCAUCGUUUCUUAAAGGAUUUUCCGUCAACUUUGGACGAGCGCCUGGCCAUUUUAUACAAGAUCUAAGGUAAACUAAAAUGCGAAACUAGGAGGCAUUAACAAAUUAGCGUAAUUGUCGCCUCAAUCAUCAGUUUCUUUAAAUCAUCAUCCUUGGAAUGUUACGUUAACAUUGAAAUCUUAGCUUAUGGAAAACAAAAAAUAAAUAUUGAAAAGAUUUGUAAAAACUUAAGAAAUUUAUA